CCACGUGCUCCCCUACUGCGACCUCCCCCGUCCCUGCUGCCUCCAUCUUGGAGCGGGACAAAAAAGCAACGUGGAGCCUACCCUCGCUCCGUGCCACGCGGAAGAUCACCGCAGGGCCGCGACCGAGACGCGGUGCCAACGAAGAAUCCCUUGCAGAAAGGUGCGUCUCGAAAAAGAGCGCGCAUCCGCGCUCAGGGAAUUUAUUGCUCAGCCUAAAUCCAAGAUGGCGGCGGUGGUGACGUAGACAAGAUCCCGCGAGAUCAAACACAGCGCGAGGUGGAGGCUCCCGCGCUCCUGCAUGAGGGGAGGAGCUCCUCACACAUCUCCAAUCCGGAGAGGUGAACUACUGUGAGGUGGAGCGAGGGCGCCGCAGUGCAUGCUGGAGCCUCUUCGCAUAGGGCGGAGCCUGACCACGCUAAAGCGCGGGACGGAUGAAAACAUCCCUUACGAGGGGCCACUGCUGUCCAGACGCAGUCGUGGUUCCACAUCUCUGGAGGAGUGACCAGCGCCCCUCGGAUAACGUUGGCGGGCCCUGCAGACCGGCGCUAUCCGGUUUCCUUUUGCCAGCUGAACUGACUGACUUGACCUAGGGGCUCAUCCAUGCCACACCCACCUGAAAGGAUGAGUACAUAAAAAAGGCCUCAACAUCCUACAACAUUGCAAACUGAAUAAAAAGAGAAGUGAAAAAUCAAAAGAUGCAGACACUUCAAACCAGUGGCAGGCUGCUCAGAAGUUUCAAGGUAGUUUCUGUAAAACCAAGCCCCUUUGCAGGUUUCUGUACUUCCUCUUACUCGUGUGGCCAGAAGAAAAAGAAUCCUUAUGAAGAAGUAGAUCAGGCAAAGUACUCUCAUUUAGUAAGGUCUGUGUUGUCAUUCAGAAGCACAGCUCAGACCCCAGAAUCGUUGCUUGAGGAAGAUGAGUUACUCUAUGGACCUGUCAGUAAACAUCAGCCUGCAAAGCAGGAUGCAGAGGCAAGAGCUCCACAGAACUGGUUUCCUCUCUUCAAUCCAGAGAGAAGUGUGGAGUCAGAUGCAAGUAAUACAUCCAGUCCUUUGAAAAUCCCUUUCCAAAGGCAUGUGAUACCAAGUGUGACCAGGAUCCUUCAGCAGACCAUGACAUCAGAACAAAUUUUCUUUUUGGAGAGGUGGAGACAAAGGAUGAUUCAGGAGCUGGGAGAAGAUGGAUUUGCAGAAUAUACUUCAAAUAUCUUUUUACAAGGGAAACGGUUUCAUGAACACUUGGAACACUUACUUUCACCCCAAGGGAACUUAAAAGAGAAGAAUGAACAUCUUGAAUGUGGCUACAUGGAAAGUGUCCAGCAUAUUUUGAAAGACAUCAGUGGUGUGCGCGCUCUUGAAAGUGCUGUUCAGCACGAGAGCUUGAAGUAUGCAGGGCUGCUGGACUGUGUGGCCAAGUAUCAGGGCCAACUGUGUGUGAUUGAUUGGAAGACAUCAGAGAAGCCAAAACCUUUCAUCUGGAAUACGUAUGACAACCCACUACAAGUUGUAGCAUACAUGGGUGCCAUAAACCACGAUGCCAACUACAGUUUUCAGGUUCAGUGUGGCUUAAUUGUGGUGGCCUACAAAGACGGAUCCCCUGCCCACCCACAUUUCAUGGAUUCAGAGCUCUGUUCCCAGUACUGGACCAAGUGGCUUCUUCGACUAGAAGAUUAUACGGAAAAGGAAAAGAAGCAGAGCACUUGGAAACCAGGUUAGGGGCAGGACACUGCCUCCAGACAUCCAGGACAUUCUCACCGUUAGGAAGACACAUUGCUGUUUCCUGGAUUCUAAAGGUGGAGGGCCACCAAAUUUGAGAGCGGGUUGUGAUAUAUUGUUACUGAAAAUCCAGAAAGUUUCCAUUUAAAGAGCUAGAAGUCAGUACAUGAAAUACCAACUCUACUAUCUCCAGUUUUUACUUACAUGAAAAGAGGGAGAGCAAGCAGGAUUGAGUCACCUUGGUGACCCCAGUCUCCCUUACAGACCUUCUUAUGUCCCUGGCAAGAUGCCCAGUCUGAGUUGAGAACAGAAGGCAAUGAGGUUUGUGUGCCAAGCAUCUCCCUAGGACCCCUAGGGAGCAAAGAGGCCAUGUAUCCCCAGUGCUUGUGUGGAGGGACAACAUGUCAGCCAUCACCACUGCCAGCACAGUCUUCUAGAACUUGUUUUCUAUGUAUUAUUUCAUGUGUGGAAAAAAGCUUAUGUUUAAUAGUAAGUACAUACAUACAUACAUGAUUAUAUAGCCUGAAAUAAACAUUCCUUUGUAGCAAGAUGGAGCACCUAUCAGGUAACCCUCAGAAGUAGCCAGACUUCAGUGUGAAAAUAAUUAGUUUUGGAGUGUUUUUAUUUUAUUUUUUGAAUUUUCAAGGUAGGGUCUCACUCUAGCCCAGGCUGACCUAAAAUUCACUAUGUAGUCUUAGGGUGGCCUCAAACUUAGAGCAUUCCACCUACC